CAAAGCCCACCCCUAAAUCUCAACCCGAAUGAAACGAUCUGAUUCCCACUUCUGCACUUCGCAAAAUCCCAGCUCUCCGUUCUUGAUCCUUCCGCUCAAAAUCAAACCCCAGUCACAGUAGGAAUCUUUAUCUUUUAAUUGUGUUUCUGUUUCUUCUCCAAAAUGAACCAGAUUGUGCAGAUAGAUAACCAAAAAUAGGUCUGAUUAAAAACUAAUCCUCAAGCCCAAUUUGGGACUGCUGCGAUCGAAUUCUCUCUCCAACGAAAUUGGGGUUACCUGUAUUUUGCUCUUCAGAGACCUCUCCAACCCUUUUCUCCAAUGGCAGGGGAUAAAAAAUCGACGACCAGGCGUAGAGAUAGGGCUGCAGUGGUGGUCCUUGGGGACAUUGGGCGUAGCCCACGUAUGCAGUACCAAGCGCUUUCCCUUGCGCGUCAGGCUUUUCUAGAGGUUGAUAUUGUUGCAUAUGGAGGUUCCGAGCCUCACACUGCUGUUUUAGAGCACCCGUCGAUCCACAUUCACAAAAUGCCGCAAUGGCCAACUAGAGCUCAAAGUCUGCCGAAGAUACUCCGUCCCUUAAUGCUUAUGCUCAAGCCAAUUGUUCAAUUUCUUAUGCUUCUUUGGUAUCUUUGCGUGAAGAUACCAGCUCCUGAUGUUUUUAUAGUCCAGAAUCCACCAUCUGUUCCUACCCUAGUAGGUGUAAAGUGGGCUAGCUGGUUGAGACGUUCGUCAUUCAUUGUAGACUGGCAUAAUUUUGGAUAUACGCUGCUUGCACUAUCACUUGGAAGGAGUAGUUAUUUCGUAUCAAUAUAUCAUUGGAUUGAGAAACGUUAUGGCAAGAUGGCUCAUGGUUCACUAUGUGUGACUGGGGCAAUGCAACAUGAACUGGCUGAGAACUGGGGAAUUAAAGCCACUGUUCUAUACGAUCAGCCUCCUGAGUUUUUUCGACCGGCUUCUCUUGAGGAGAAGCACAAGUUAUUUUGCAGGAUCAACAAAAGCCUCAGCCAGCCAUCUGGUUUUCAGGAUUGUAUUAGUAGUGCAGGGAUGACAGCAUCAGAUGACAAUGAUCCUAAUGUAACUCCAAUUACGGCUCAGCUUGGCACUGAUAUUUUCCUGAAGCAAAAUAGACCAGCACUCAUUGUUAGCAGCACGAGCUGGACUCCAGAUGAAGACUUUAGCAUUCUUUUGGAAGCAGCACUUAUGUAUGAUAGACGCGUUGCUGCACUACUUAACGAGGAUGACUCGACCAGAGAUGAAGUUGUUUGGAAGGAAAUCUGUGAUGGGAAGCAAUUCUCAUAUCCAAGAUUGUUAUUCAUCAUUACUGGUAAAGGGCCAGAAAAGGAAAAAUAUGAACAAAAAAUAAGGAAGCUGAGCCUCAAACGGGUGGCAUUCCGUACUAUGUGGUUGUCAGCAGAGGAUUAUCCUUUGCUUCUUGGAUCAGCAGAUCUUGGCGUUUGCCUGCAUACUUCUUCAUCAGGGUUGGAUCUACCCAUGAAGGUUGUAGAUAUGUUUGGCUGUGGACUCCCAGUCUGUGCUGUUUCAUAUUCUUGCAUCAAGGAGCUGGUACAAGCUGAAAAGAAUGGCCUUCUUUUCUCAUCAUCUUCAGAACUAGCUGAUGAGCUCAUGAUGCUAUUCAAUGGUUUCCCUGAGAAGUGUGACGCUUUAAAGAAGUUGAGAAUGGGUGUGAUGGAAAGGGUCUCUUCAGCAAGGUGGGCAAAUGAGUGGGAGGAAAAUGCCAAGCCCCUAAUAUCUAAGGUUAUUUCUGAGAACUUCAGCUGAAGGUGCAGGAUGAUAACACCAAAAUUUACGAGUUUGAAAUUUGCUCUCAAUGGAGAAGUCUCACUGUGUUAGCACUGACUUUUAAUGUAUAAUUUGAUGGCAACCGUCACAUCAUAAGUUGGUUUAUAUCGACAAUGUGCACAAUAGAAUUAUUAUAAUAAAAGGAAAAGGAGAAACUUAAAUUC